UGAACAGGCUGCUGUACAGGAGUAUAAGAAGGAGGGUUAGUAGAAUGUUGAGGCUGUUGCACCUGGGGUUGUUGCAUACCAGCAGCAUACACUGGAGCUUGGAUUACUGCUGCGGUUGUUGACUCAGGCUUGGCUCCUUCUGCCUUUACUUCAGGUGCUACAACUGUCACUGCUGCUUGAUGUCUAGCUUUUUCUUUGUCUUUCUUCUGCUUUGUCAGUUCUCCUAUCUGCAGCUGUGUUAGCUUAUUUGCUAGCUGUUUGCUUUGUUCUUCUGCAGCCUUCUGUUCGUUUCUAUAAACUUCAACAAAAUGCACAAUAUGUUCAGAGAACACCGGCCAGUCCAUCUUCAACAAACCCACCACCCCAUUCAAUUUCUCUUGUACAGGUUUAGGCAUGGCAUUUUUGACAUAAAGCAGACACAAUGCUUUUGAUGACUCAUUACUGUUCCAUUCUGCUCCUGUCUGUAGCUUCCAGGUUCUCUGAUAGUUCUGUAGGAACUGUAGAGGAUUCUCAUCUUGUCCCAGGGUCUGCUUCUCCAGUUUGGAUGGAUCCCUUCUCGAGGGGUAGGCUUUUCUCAGAGCCUCCCAUACCUUUCUUGAUUACAGGGCCCCUUGGCCAGCAGAGGAUAUUGUGGAGCUGCAGUCUCUGUCUUUCCUUUGGGAUUAGAUGGAGUCCUUUUUCUCCCACACCGGAAGGAAACAGUUCUGCUUCGUAGUUUCAGGUGUCUAGGAGUAGGAGGAUUAGACAGCAAUGCAAUGCUCACAUCAUAUUUUUUACUCACAGGGUCCUCUUCGUCAGAGUCUUCCUCCUCCUCUUCCAGUUCCUCUCCUCCUCCUCUUCCAGUUCCUCUGUAUCCAGGACUUCCUGUUCCUCCUCUUUGUCUGAUUCGUAGUCGUCCCGGCUUAGGCUGCGUUGGACCAAUGCUGCAUGUUUUUCUGGAAUCCCUGUUGAAUGUUUUCUUCCCACACAAUUUGUCAGUGUUUCCCUGCCUGGGCUGCUCCCUUUUUUACUGUCGUCUUCUGAUUCCAAAGUUUCCAAUUUCUUAUCUACUUGCUUUUUCAUCUCUUUUAUUAUACUUUCUGUCUCUGACCAUCUUUGUGAGAUGCGUUCUGCACUUGCAUCUAUCUUUUCUUGAGCCUUUCUAAUUCUUUCCUCAUAUGCAUGAAGUUGUAGGAGAUGUUCUUUCUCCUUUUGUUCAUGUUCCUCCCAAUAUGUUCUUUCUCUCUCUCUUUCUUCCACUUCCUGCUCCUGCUCUGAAAACACUUUGCUCAAUGGGGUUGAUGCUGCUAGUGGACGAGACACAUAACCAGAAUCAUCCCUCAGAACAUCAAUGCCAUAAGGCACUUUGUAUUUUUCUUCAUUCAUUUGUUCCAUGGCUUUCCUAAUGCUGUCCUCUGACCCCCUGUCUUCUCUCAUUGUGACUCUUCUCUGAUAAUGGGGUUCAGUGUGUGUGGUUUCGGUUUUUUGGGAUGUACUUUUUGAUGUUGCAUCUUUUUUAUCAAACAUCUGUACUGUCAGAGUUCCUGUUAUUUCUCCAUCCAUUUCAGGAGAAUGUAAGGGAAAUUGUCCCUUAGCCUCUGUAUUGUAAGGAGGUGGCAGAGGCGGAGCUGAAGUCGCCUGUAUUGCCAUUUGUCUAUGUGCUCCUUCAUAUUUAAAAUGCUGUAAAAUUUCUCUCGGCUCAGAGUUUUUCAGUCUUUUCUUUUGAUGCUUUCGGUCAUUUAAUUUGUCACUUCUUCUCAAUUCGUUUUCCACGCGGUCACAGCACCUUAAAUUAAAAGUGCCCUCUAAUGGCCAUUUAUCUUGUCCUCCUGUAAAUUUAUUCCAUUUUCUCAUGCAGCUCUUUAUUUUCCUCUUCUGGGUAGGAUGCUGUAGCAUAAUCAGCUCAGCAGGCGUCAGCUGGUCAUCAGACAGUUUGCUUUGUUUAGUCCCCAUUAUUCUUAUAAUAAUGACUUAUUGUGUUUUAAAAUGCUCCAAUUUCAGCCAAGUCAGACAUCAAACAUCAGCUGCAGUUUCUUUUAAUAAAUCCUGUUUCUUUUCCCUUUAUUUGUGCAGCAGUCCUUGCUGCAAAAUAUGUGUAUUUCUGUUUUAGCAAGGAUCACUCUGUAAGUAUCCCUAUAAAUGCGAAAAAUUAUUAUUAUUAUUUAUUUAUUUUUUAUUUUUUUGAAAGUGAGGGCCUAUAAGCCGGACUUCACUAGGUUUCUGAUGAAAUUGCAGCUAAAAGGCUAUUUACCUGCACUAAAUUUUUGAAAUAUAGCAGUAAGGGUAAUAAUCACCUUCUAUCUGAAUGUGUGUCCCCACCUAAAUGCCUUUAUAAGAAUGUGUGUGUAUCCAUGUGUGCGUGUGAGUUUGCGUGUGUGAAUGAGUGUGUGUGUGUGUGUGUGUGUGUGUGUGUGUGUGUGUGUGUGUGUGUUGAGGUGCGCGUGUGUGUAGGCGAGUGCGCGGAUGCGCGCAAGAAUGUGUGUGGGUGUGUGCACUAGCGUGUGUGUGCGUAUAUGUGUGCGAGUGAAUGUGUGUGAGUGUACGCUAGUGUGUGUGUGUCAAAACUCUGCCAACAGGCAGCCUAUUCAAACAGCCCCUCCGUUCACACUCGCCCUGAAACUCAGAGGCAGUGAAAAAACUUUUUUUUCCUACAGCCCCUCCUUUCGCGCUCACUCUUGAAAAUCAAAGGGAGUGAAAAACCCCCCUUUUUUUUCUUCCUUCUGUACACUGCUAUUUCUACACCUAUCUACACCUAUUUACAGACAUUCCUAUGUUACUUCUUGCAUUCAUUAAACACUUAUUUUAAUCAUUUCAUCCUCACACUCAACUUAAUAUGAUUUUUAAACCAGUUAUACUUAUUUACAUUUAUAGUUCCUUUAUACAUAUGUACACGGCCUUUAAUCUAAACUACUAUGCGCACCUAUUUUUCUGGGACUACAAUCCCUGGCAGCCAUCCAUCAGCUGCUAUUUUUUCCUCCGCGGGAGUCGCUUUCAACCGGACAAGCGACGUAUUUUCUCUAUCACUUCUCUAUCUACUAUCGCCCAAUUUUCUGAUGGCGACUGACCUCUGACCCUCAUUUGAUCAGAGCUCUGCCAACGUGACAUUGCUAGGAUAACCGUAGCAACUGACGUCUGUCACGCAGUAGGUAAAUUUUGGGCCCUUUGGGUGAUUUCCAAGCCUCCGCCCGAGCCGCCGGGUCUCCAGUCGUCCCCGCUUCCUCCUGGGCUGGACUCGCCAAUUGUAGUGGGGGGGCCAGUUGCCCCACUACGUAAAAUCUAUGUUUAACCUGAUCACUCUAUGUAUUAACAACUGUGAUUUAAUUCUAAGUUCUCGGUCUGAAAAUAUCUAAGUCUCACCAUAGAAUCAUCAAAGGAGUCCAGGAGUCGAGUCUUCAGAUGCCAAAAGUGUUUAUUCUGUUUAACACAGGUCAAAACACUGAGAGAGGUUCCGGAAGCCCUCUGAACUUACUGUCAGAUAAUACAAUCUUUUAUACCCUCUGAGCUGGGGUCAGUUCAUGCCCUUAACCCAUCCCUCUUUUUGCCACCGCCAGCUGCCAGUAUUACAUAAUUUAAGGAAAGAGCGAAUCUUUACUCCCUAAUAAUUUUAAUUGGAAACUCGUGGGCGGCCGGCACUUUUCCCCAUGGGAGGCAGCCUCCCCCAAAUUUUCUCACACGAACACCUGCACCCUUAUCUCCAAACAACACUUUUGUUGAUACUGGCAGUUAUCCUAGAGGAAACAACCUACAGGCUAUCUGUAAACCAUUUCAGUCAGAGGGCAAAGGGCCUGCACUCAGAUACACACACAGACAUAGAUUUAUUAUAGCAGUGGCUUAAUUUUUCCACAACACGAACACCUUGGCCGCUGGAUCGCCGUUGUCCCACACCCAGCCUCCUCCGGCCCCCACCCCUUACCGGAUCGUCGUUUCCCCCCACCUGCCGCCGGCCGCCAGGGAGCCGUCUUCACCAGCAGCCACACUCCUUCCUCCCACGGACCGACAGUGACCGCCGAUCCCCGACUCCGGAACCACCCGGCCCCCCAAAACCCACUCCUCCUGCCGCCUUCCCCGUACCUGCUCUUCAACAUCUCUCACCCCGCCAUAAUCCACUCAGUUUCACAAUAAAUAUCGUUCUCAUCUUCUCCGGUCUUGGUAGUGUGGCUCUCUGCUCGGGUCCAGCUCUCUAGUUCCGUGACAAGCUCUACACGAAAAGAGAAAUAUUACAUGCCAACAUGCUCACCAUGACAAAUAACAUGCUGAAUUUUAGCAGACAUAAAGUGUACCUAGUUAGCAUCAUCAUUAAGCAAACAAUUUUUUUUUAAAAAGUGUAUGCAGAUUACUUAAUUUUCACAGGUUAUGAGAUAGAGUAAAGUAGAUUUAAUGGCAGUCAAGCUAAUGCUUGUUGACAUGUUUCUGUCUGGACUACAGUGGUACUAAGUACUAAUAAAUUGUGUUUAAAAGUUGUUAGUAAUCAUAGGGUAACUGAUUGUAGGUAUUAUGUGUGCUGAGGAACUCAUACCAUAACAAGAAGUGCUACCAUUAAAGCAUUUGACAGGCAUCAUCGUUUAACAAGAGUCUGUGUUUUCAAUUAACUUUUCUUGCCCAUGUAGCAUGAGACACAAUGAAUUUUUCAAAGUUGCUGUGAGAUUUCCUUGGACAGACAAAGACAGACAUCUCCUGAUGACACCUUAGUUUUAAGAUAAAGAGGAAAACAGUCUGUGUCCUACUGUGACAGUUCCAGCAAUUCAGAAAUGUGUACAUUGCAGGUAUCAUAGCCAAGACCCAGUCAUACGUAUCCUCAGGGACAAACUGUAUGACUGCCGAAAAGCAGCACUGAGUGACAGAUGAUGCUCAAAACAGCAAUUUGAUUAAAUUUGGUUAUUAGUUUCAUAGAGACCAACCAUGAUGCAUGCUCUCAAUAGGGUAUAGCUGCAGUUAACAGGAGGUAUGAUGGAAGACUGUGACACUAAUUUGAAAAAAAGGAAAAUAAAAGAGAACAAACUGUGUAUGAAUAACUUUGGUUUAUAUUUUGAGUUAAUUCUGACUUCAUAGCAAAUUAUUUGAGUAUUAAAAUGCUUAGCCAAAAGUCAUGGAUAAGUGUUUACAAUAAUUAGUUAAAGGACAUGGAUAAACAGCCUAAAUAACAAAAAAAAGCACUCAAAGAGUGCAAUACUUUGCUAAGGCUGCUCAGUCAUUGCAUGAUUUCCAAUGUAUAAGUUCUGAUAAGUCUGCAGUUUUUCGUUUUAUAGUAGGAUCGCAAUCAUGUUAUCGUAAGUAGGCAGCUGAUUCACUUGUAGUUACAGUUAUUUCAGCUAUCUCGCAAUGAUGCAGAAAUAUUUAACAAACCCAUGGAGCCAGACUAUAAGCCGCAUCACUGCCAAAAUCUAAUCACUUUGCCCUCGUGUCAUUUCUGAAGUUCCCUGAAAAUUUCAUCCAAAUCCGUUAGUUGGUUUUUGAGUGAUGUCACUAACAGACAGACAGACAGACAGACAGACAGACAGACAGACAGACAAACAGACAAACCAAUGCUGAUCAUCACAUAACUCCGCCACCUUCCUUGGCAGAGAAAUUAUGUAAAAGCCAGGAAGAAACAGUGGCUGAAACAGUUUGCUUAAUGUCAUGGAUGAAUGACUUAAAAAAUUAUCUAAAAUCCAGGGAUAAAUGCCUGGAUGAAUGGCAUGAAUGAAUGGCUGGAAUAGUUAACUAAAUGUCAUUGGUGUGUUUCUUAAGUGCAGAUGUCCCUACAAUGACUGCUUCUGUUUAUCUUUUUACAGCUCAGGUUUUGCAGUUUCCAGACCUCCACAUCCAGAAUCUAUUGUGACACAGCCUGCAGGCUGUGCAGGCUACGUGGCACAAACCAAGCAUCAGGAUGUUGUACCAAGCAAACAGUGCUGUUGGCAUUGCUGGUCCUCAUAGCUCGCUUCUACAGCAGCAGCAGUUUGCUUCUCCUCAUGAAACCGGCUUCUGGGAGCAGAGAGGUAGAGGGUUUAGACAGUCGAGACGUCCACAGUGCAGCAAACCUCCCUUCAAGAGCCGCUGGAUCCAGAAGUGAUCACUGGAGGCCACAAUUACAGCACCUUUGCAGGAAGCACACUAAUUGAAUAUGGCACGUGUUGGACAAGUAUCACUUUCCCUGGUCCACACAGGAUUCCUGUUAGCCAUCGUUUUACUAUCAGAGUUUCUGGGAGCCAUUCCAGUGGAGCAGAACAAGCAGCAGGAAGUGGCUGCAGUGUCUGAUGAUGUGAAAGCUGAAGCCAUGGCCAACCUGAAAAACCUGGUUCGUAACAGAAGGAACGUGCACAUCUUGGCUGUGCCCCAGUACAAACGCCUGCCGGACUUCUGGGGAUGGUACAAGUACUUCAUGGACAGCCACAACCAGGAAGGAGUUGAGGACCUAGAUCGUCUGUACAUGGCCUACUUGCAGAACAAGCACAGGUCAGAGGAGGGACCCACCUUUAACCACUACCUCAAGCACCUCUGUGAAAUCUACAAGACCUGUGCUGAUUCUGAUGAUCCAGAGUGCAUCGCUGAGUCCACUAGCAAGCCGAAGGCUGCUGUGGUGAUGCCUGCUGCCAUCAAGUCUGCUGCUGUCAGGCUGUGCAACCCCUACCUUGACCCCUACUGCCUCUUCCCCCUGGUCCCCAAGGCAGCCAUCCCAGAACCUGAACCUGAGCCAGCUCCAGCCAAGAUCCCAGCUCCUAUCCUCACCCCCCUGCUGCCAAUGCCCUUGAAGAGCCCCACUGGUUUCUACUACUAUGCUCCUGUCCUGGAGUCCUUUCUGAGCGCUGAACAGAAAGCUGAGCUGCUGAGAAUCUGCAACCCUGAAGAUGUUGAGUGUCUGCAGUAUCACCUGAGAGCAGCAUAUGGUUACCGUCCAGCCCCUGGUCCAGCUCCAUCUUAUGCUGCCCUCAAAUGUGACCCCAAGGACCCCUACUGCAAGCCCCUUUUGGUCCAGAAGGCCCCCACUGGUUUCUAUCACCUGCUGUACCCCAGCUGUGACCCAGCAGUGGAUCCUCUAUGUGUGACCAACGUCGCUGCUCCUGCUCCCCUUGGUGCUGAUGAAGCCCCUAAAGAACAGCACUGCAACCCUCUGUUUGAUGCUGGCUGCAAUCCCCUAACUGCCACCAAGCUGUCCGGCCUCACCAAGCCUGUUCUGGAGUACACCCCCAAUGAUGAGCCUGCACCUCCAGCUGCUCCUCUGUCCUGCGACCCUCGCACUGACCCAUACUGCAUACUUUCAGUUGCUGCAGCCCUGCGCAAGCCCCCUCCACAGAAGCCCGAGCACCAGGUCCACUACAAGCUCGGUGUCCCUGGCAAGACCAAGGAGGGCUACGACUGCUAUGUGCACUAUGACAAAGACUGCAUCCCGGUCAAGUCUGAGGCUAAGGCCGACAUCAAGACUCCAGCCAAGCCAUUCUGUCAUCCAUAUGAUCCCAACUGUGGCAAAGCUGCUGCACCCUCUGGUGUUGAGGUCCCAAAGUUGAGCACAGAUGGCAUAAUCCAGCCUGAUCCUGACUACGACCCUGAGAUCGACUACAACUGCCAUCUGCGUCGCGCUGAGCCUGCUGCUGCAGCUGAGGAACCUGCUGAUGAACCCACCAAGGAGGCUGCUGCCCUACACUUUGCUGCUUUCCUCAGGGCCGUCAUGAUCCAGCCCAAACAGAUUUCAUAAAUAAAUUAAUUUUAGGGGCUGCACAGUGAUGUAGUGGUUAGCACUUUCGCCUUGCAGCAAGAAGAUCCCCGGUUCAAAUCCCUGGCUGGGCCUGGGAUCUUUCUGCAUGGAGUUUGCAUGUUCUCCCUGUGCAUGCUUGGGUUUUCUCCAGGUACUCUGGCUUCCUGCCACAGUCCAAAACUAUGCGGUUAAUUGAUAACUCUAAAUUGCCCGUAGGUGUGAAUGUGAGUGUGAUUGUUCAUCUGUAUAUGUAGCCCUGAGACAGACUGGCGACCUGUCCAGGGUGUCCCCUGCCUUCGCCUGAGCCAGCUGGGAUAGGCUCCAGCACCCCGCACGACCCUAGUGAGUAUAAAGCGAUGUAUAGAGAAUGGAUGGAUGGAAAUUAGUUUUAGAACCAACACUUGCCAGAAAAUCUAACUCGUGGAAACACAGCUCGCAAUACAUUCCCUAAUAUUUGGACCACAAGCUUCAUGGACCACAAGCUUCUGGAGUUUUAUCAAGGCCUUACAGCAUAUCAAAUCAAUCACAAAAUAAUGCAGCUUCAAAACAGUAAAUCUGACUUACCCAGACAAUCUGAGGGUUUCCUAGUUUUGAUCUGUUUUCAUAAAGGAGGAACGAUUAAAGAGGGCCAAGCAACAAAUAAAACAUUAUGUGAAACUUGUGGAUUAAAUACUUCAUGUGUGUAUGUUUGUAGAAAAAAAAUGUAUGUAUAGAUGUGUGAUAGAAUAGGGUUAGUUGCAUGGAAUUUGCAUUAGUAGGCAAAAUGUUCUCUGUUUUGUGCAUUAUUUUUAUCCAAAGUGUAUUUAAUGUUGUUUUCCACAGUUUUCUGUAACUCUAAGCCUCACAAUUCUUCUUCUGUUUAGUUUCUACAAAGUUCUAAAUAAGAAAAAAGAUCUAUUGAAUUUUAUUUCUAGAGGCUGCACCAUCUUCACACUGAGCUCAUAAACACAUCUGAUAGAGGUAAAUAAAUAAAUAAAUAAAUAAAUAAAUAAAAACACAGUUUUGUAUUGUAUCCCAAAUGCUAUGAAUGGUUUAAUUCAAUUCUGGGAAAUAGUGUACUCUGUGAAUGUACACAUAAUUUCAGGGCAUCAGUUCCCAGCUGUUGCAAACUAACAUGCAGCUCAUUGAUGUGACAGCUGGGAUGCUGUGGUGGGGUUUCACCAAUUUAUGCUUCACUGUUAUCAAAACAGAUUUUUGCUGCUCCAUCUGCACAGUUUCUUUUCACACAUAAUCACCAUAAAUAUGUUUUGCAUGAUAGUGCACACCCUGAUGAAUUAGAAAUGUACGACAGGUUUCGGAAACUAAAACUGAGAUAUUUUUUUUGCAUCUUGCCUGUAUUGGACAGAAUACUAAAAUUCCAGACAAUUUAAUUCAAUUCAAUUUUUCUUAUAUAGCGCCAAUUACAGUCAAAUUGUCUCAAGACGCUUUACAGAACCCAUAUGCCUGACCCCCAGAGCAAGCCCAAAGGUGACAGAGGAAAAGAAAACACUGUUUUAACAGGGAAAAAAAACCUUGAGCAGAACCCGGCUCUUUAUGUGGGGGGACCCAUCUGCCUACUGGCCGGGCGGGUUGAGAGGGACAGAAGAGGCAGAGAGGUAGAGGAAGAGAGGUAGAGAGGGGUAGAGAGGAGGAGGGGAACAGGGAACAUAAAACACACAAUUUGAUACAUGCAUCACAGAUGAUGCAUACAAAGUAGAAGCUAACAUUGAAACUGAUUCAUAGUUUACUGUUAUGAUGUACAGUUCUGGCAAUACAUAUACUACAUAUAUAGCUGGUAGGAAACUCAAAAAUAUGUGGAAGAGCAUAUCAAGUUAAGCAGUGGUGGGCCAUCAGGGCCUGCAAGGUCUUCUCUGCUGGCCUAAAAAACAUCUAAGUCACAGACUGAUGUUAAUUAUAUUGUAUCCAUAAAUACUUGUUAAAUAAUUCCAAAUAGUCUGUCCGCUUCCCUUCAUUGCUUUUCCUCUGGUUGUGCUGCUUCCAGACAUGUAUUUUCAUAUAAAAGCAUUUAGCCAAUCACAUUUCAUCCAUUAUUUAUUGCUAGGCAGGGUCAAAGUCAAAGAAAUCUACCUGGAGGCCUUCAGAAUCAGUUCUGCGGGCCCUCCAGCAGAAAAUAACUGUCGAUUAAACUGUUGCUUCAACCAAUCAGAUUUUGAGUUGGCGAAACCAAGGCCUUCUAGCAGGCGUACGGUGACGUCAGCGUAUUUGCCUUGAACCAUUUAAGUUUAUUAACUCAAAUAUAAUACUUUUUGAACUUAAACUAUUUAAGUAUACAUAACUCAAGUAUUUACUAUGAAGUCACUUGGAUAAAUAAAGUUAAUAUCAACUAUUCCAUUAAGUCAGCUGAACUUAAAACUAUUAAUUACUUUACACUCAUACGCAGCACUGAUCUAAACUCAUUUAGAAUGUGAAAAUGUAAAUUAAAGGAAAUUAUUUGAAUCAAGCAAAUGUUACUAUUCAAGCUGAAUUCACUCAGUUUGUGUCCACUAAUCACUACAUUCUAGUUGUGACAACUUCUAGUUACUCAAUCCAUUUGAGGAAACCAAUUGCCUUGAACCAUGUUGUAUUAACACAGUACAAACAAUACACAUCUGGCACAACUCAAACUGUUUAUUUAACUGAAUGCAUAUUCCACUCCACUUUUUCUUCACAUUCAAAAAUUCAGUCACAAUAACAUACAAAUUCAAACUUAAUUUCCAUUUCAAAAAAAUGCCUGCUUUAUCUCCAAAAUAAUGAGAGUAUUUAGCACUCAACUUAUUGUGCUAAAAGAGUCGCACAAUACAUUAAAAAAAAAAAAAAAUCAAGCAGCACUGUCUACUGUCUCUUUCCAGAGAUCAUGACCUGGUUACUCAAAAUAAUCUACAGACCUUGUUGUGAUUGGUCAAAGCUAGCUGGCCUUCUAUUGGUUGACAGCGUUGAUACACAAAAAAAUCCGAGAGCAGAGCAGAGAUCCAUGAGCACAAGUUCCGUGAGAGCAAGAGGAAGAGUUUGAGCGCAGGAAAUCUGCGCGAGCAGCAUCGUAACCGAGUGCGAGGAUACAGUUUGAGCAGGCGCAGAGCAAAUCUGAGCGCGAGAGCAGAGUUCUGAGAGACAAUAUCAUGAAAUCUGAGAAUGAAAUCGAUAAAUGCUGCCCUCAAAUCAAUUUAAAAUGCUCUUGAAUUAUGAUAGGAAAUUUAUUCCGUAUGUGACGAGCUUAAUGUAGAAACGACUUUCUUUUUGCAGUAAUCUCUGCUGGAACUGGAAUCUACAUGAAACUGCUCCCAACAAGGUCUGUGAAUUCCAAAAAGAAUAUACUGUAGAUGUCUAAACAGCACUACAGGUGUCACGGUCUGAGCUGGUUGGACCCGAGCAGAAAGCCACACUACCAAGGCUGGCUGAAAGAAAGUGAUUUAUUGUUGGGGGGUGAAUAAUGGCACGGAGGGGGGAAAUCCAGGGUGCAGGAGUGGCUGGUGUAGUGGAGGGUUUUGGCCAAAAACAGGGGGGUCCAGGCAGGGACAGAAGGGGUCCAGGCAGGGAGAAACCGGUAGUGACUGGGUUGGGGAGAGCCAGAGGGGAAGGAGGAUGGUGGGGAUCCCGGACAGCUGAAUCUGAGGGCGAGGAGAAAACAAUAGUGAUGGGACAAAUGAACCGAGGCAUCGAGGCGUGUCUCGAGUAAAAAUGGGCGUGUCUGAUGAAGCUUCGCUUCGAGGCUUGGGUCGCUUCUGAAAAAGUCACGUGACCGAUGACAAACGAGGCCUCGGUUUGUGCAGAUCACGUGAUUGGUUCGUUCAACGUAUCGCUGUCCCAUAAAAACGUUUCGAAUCUCGAGCCACGCUGUGGGUGUUGUUGGCGUUUGUGGAUAGAGGAGUGAGAGCGAGUUGUAGUUAGUAUCAUUCAGUAAGUAUUAUUAGUUAGUAUUAUUCGGUGUGAAAUAGCAGUAGCUGGAGGAGUAGGAGAAGUGUAGGAAGAGCAGCAGUUUAGAUUAUUUCCCAACUGCAGUGCUUUGAUGUGAGAUAUUAUAUAUAUUUUUCUUUUACAUUGGUUUAUGGGUUGUGUAAAAUUAUGGGUGUUUGUGUGUGUCAGUUUUACCAUUUGUAAAUGUAACUCCUGUAUUUGGUGUCUGCACCUUCUGUCACCUUCUUCAGUCACAUGGGAACUCGACACUACUUUGACGUGUAUGUAAAGAAGCCACUGGGAGCCAUAGUUCUACAGCAGGGCCUGCAAAGCAUGUGUUAGUUUCUGUGUUACCUAUUCUGAAAGACGUCAUGUGUAAGUGAAAUAUGUACAAAAGUUUUAUUUAUUAUUAAUAAAAUGAGCUGUAAACUAUA